AUGAUGAAAAACCAAACUUUGACCCAGUUUAUUCUUCUGGGACUCACGGACAUCCCCGAGCUUCAGAUUUGCAUUUUCGUAUUUCUCUUCCUCACCUAUGUGCUCAGCAUCACUGGGAACCUGACAAUCAUCAUUCUCACACUACUCGAUUCCCACCUCCACACACCCAUGUAUUUCUUCCUCCGGAACUUCUCCUUCCUGGAAAUCUCCUUCACGUCCACCUUCACCCCUAGGCUGCUCUUCAGCAUCUUGACUGGAAUCAAGACCAUCAGCUUUGCCAGCUGCUUCACUCAGUAUUUCUUUCUCAUCCUCUUUGGAGCCACCGAGUUUUACCUCCUGGCUGCCAUGUCCUUUGACCGCUACGUGGCCAUCUGCAAACCCCUGCACUACACGACCAUCAUGAGCAACAGGGCCUGCACCCAGCUGGUCCUCUGCUCCUGGCUCAGUGGAUUCCUGAUCAUCUUAUUCCCCAUCAUCCUGACCACUCAGUUGGAGUUCUGUGCAUCCAACGUGCUCAAUCACUACUACUGUGACUAUGGACCUCUUGUGGAAAUAGCUUGCUCAGACACAAGGUUCCUAGAAGUGCUCGAUUUUAUCUUAGCAGCUAUCACCUUGCUGGUCACCCUGGGUCUGGUGAUUCUCUCCUACACACAUAUCAUCAGGACCAUUCUGAAGAUCCCUUCUGCACAGCAGAGGACGAAGGCCUUUUCCACGUGUUCUUCCCACAUGAUUGUCAUCUCCCUCUCUUACGGAAGCUGCAUCUUCAUGUACGUAAAGCCUUCAGCAAAAGAAGGAGUGGCUUUCAAUAAGGGUGUUGCUGUGUUCCAUAACUCAGUUGCCCCUUUACUGAACCCAUUCAUUUAUACUCUAAGGAAUAAACAGGUGAAACAAGCCUUCAAGGAUGUGGUCAGAAAAAUAGUGAAUCUAUACUCACGUUAA